AUGCUAAGCAGAGCUAUUCUAACGCUUCUGUUCGUGCAGGCUGUCAGACCUGAAACUCUUUCGCUGGAAGGAGACUGGACGCUUUCCAAUGCUAGUACAAGAAUUUCCACCUACAUUGCUGCCGGUAGCGAUGCCUACUCCAUAUUGGCUACUGCGGGAUUUUACAGUGACCCACUAGUCAGCUUCAAUGAUGUCGCACAACGGUUUAUCGGUUAUCAAAAAUGGAAUUUUACCCGCCUUUUUCACGUGUCCCAGCCUUUUGGUAGUCAGUCGGCAAUUUUGAUUUUGGACGAAGUGGCCAAGUCCCUGGCACAACAGCUUGCCAACCAGUCUAUGUACGUCCCCCCUCCAGCUUGCUGGCCAGGCGCCUAUCACGGUGAGUGUCAUAUCAACUUGGUGCGCACGACACAGGCCGCCUUCGGCUGGGACUGGGGUCCCGCCUUUCCCAUCCAGGGUUUCUGGAGAAUUCCAAAGAUUCGAUUCCUCCAGAGCGGAGGAGCA